GCUGCAGCAACGUACGCGUACUGUCUAGUUAGCUAGCUUCUUAGCUUCGAACCUUCGAUCUCUCGAUCACAGGCUAAUCAAGCUUAGCUUGAUGGCAACUUGGUCCAAUGCGUCGUCUCUGAUCGUCGCCGCCGUAAUUCUGCUUGGCCUCAGCUCGGCAAGCGUCGCGCAUGGCCGCCGCGGCAGGAGGAGCUUCGUCUCCAGCUACGACGAGCCGUGCAUGGAGAUGAGGCUGUACCUCCACGACAUCAUCUACGACUACAGUAACAGCACCUCCAACUCCACGUCGGCGGCGGCCACCAAGCCGACGCCGCUGAGCACCGCCGUGUCCAACCCCGGCUACUUCUUCGGCGAGAUGGUGGUGUUCAACGACCCCAUGACGGAGGGGAGGGCGCUGCCGCCGUCGCCGGCGAUGGAGGAGGAGACGGCAGUGCGCGCGCAGGGGGUCUACCUCUACGACAAGAAGGAGGCGCCCAACGCGUGGUUCGCCUUCUCCGUGGUGUUCAACUCCACGGGGCGCCGCGGCACGCUCAACCUGAUGGGCGCCGACCUCAUGUCGGAGAAGACGAGGGACCUCUCCGUCGUGGGUGGCACCGGCGACUUCUUCAUGUCCCGCGGCGUCGCCACGCUCAGCACCGACGAGGCCUCGGCGGACUUGUCAUACUUCCGGGUGAAGGUGGACAUCAAGCUCUACGAAUGCUACGUCUGAUCCCAUGCAUACGUACGCUUGCUCUUUCAUGGCCGUGGAUCGGAUCAUCGCGUGUCCUAAAUAUGCGCUUGUAUUUGUGUGAUUGUGUGUGUUGAAUUUCCUUCUUGACAUUCAUCAUCUUUGCGUGACGAGUCAUAUGCACGGAGAAAUGUGCAAAAUGUGUUUUUUUUUUCGUGUUUUGGAUUUGCAUCUCAUGUAUUGUUUGAGUGACGAGUCAGCGAUCGGCUUGGCGUGGUGGUUUGUUUUGUCUUUCUUUUUCCUGGUUAUAAUCUUCAUAGUUAUAAUCUUAUAAUUUUUUUUCUACAUCAAUAUAAAAUCUUGUAUUA